AUGCCUAAACAAAAAAAGUCUAAAAAAUCUAAAAAACCCAGAUAUCAAAAUAUUUCUAUUGCUCACAAGCAUCAAAUCAUAAAUGAUGUUAAUAAUCUUUGUAAGCCAAUUCAACAAGUUGCAGCAGAACUUCGUUUGGCUUCAUCAACUAUACAAA